AUGUCUGACAACGAAAAGAAAGCGGUUCAAGAACCAGACACUUACUCGAUCGGGAGUAAUUCCACUUCGACUGCUCUUGAGAGCGGGCACGCCGUGAAUCACGAAAAUAUCAAGAAGAAAGUAGGAGCAGUUUCCAAAGACUUUGCUGGUGUAACUAUCCGAGAAGAUUCUGCGGAGAAAAGACCAGAUAUUCCACCUCUGGGUGAACCUUUGGUCAGAAACGCUUACAAAACUAGUUUUGGUGCAUUUUUCAGCAGGAAAACAAAAACUGAACCCGAUGCCAUCGCUACACAGCCAUCUGCCUUUGAUGAUCCAGAUGUCGCUGAUGUUUACUAUCCAAAGCCAACCUAUCAAGAUUAUCACAGAUUUGACCCUCUCGCUCGUUGGACUUGGAGAGAAGAGACAAAAAUUGUUAAGAAACUGGAUAGGACCAUUCUGGUUCUGGUAUGCGUUCUAUUCUUCAGUUUGGCUCUGGAUCGUUCUAAUAUCAGUCAGGCUAACUCUGCUGGUUUCUUGACUGAUCUUGGGUUGACUACCGAUGAUUUCAACGUUGGGUCAAAUCUGUUCAAUGCUGCUUUCAUUAUCACAGAAAUUCCGUCCCAAAUGAUCGGUAAGAGGAUUGGUCCUGAUCGUUGGGUCCCCAUUCAAGUUUGUGCUUGGAGUAUCGCUUCUGGUGCCCAAUUUUGGAUUUCUGGUAAGAAGAGUUUCUUUGCUUUGAGAUUCCUGACUGGUCUCUUGGAAGGUGGUUUCAUUCCAGACAUUAUGCUGUAUCUUUCCUAUUUUUACACAAGAACUGAACUCCCGGUCCGGGUUGGUGUUUUCUACUGUGCAAAUGCUUUCAGUGGUAUUCUCGGUUCUUUGAUUGCCAUUGGUCUUUUGAAAAUCAAUUCGUUUGGCCACUAUGGAUGGCAGUAUCUCUUCUUGAUUGAAGGUUGUAUUACUCUCAUUAUCGGUAUCGCUGCUUUCUUUAUCAUGGUGCAGGGUCCCACACAGACCAAAUCCAAGUUAUUCCCUAAGGGAUGGUUUUCAGAGAGAGAAGAAACUAUAAUGGUAAACCGGUUGUUGCGGGAUGACCCCUCUAAGAGUGAUAUGCACAAUAGACAGUCUGUUACGCCAAAAGAACUGUGGAAAGUGUUGGGAGACUACGAUCUAUGGCCUAUAUACGCAUUGGCCAUGGUAUUUUCCAUUCCCCAGAUACCGAUAAAGAGAUACCUUACUCUUACUUUGAGGGCAUUAGAGUUCACUACCACUGAGAUCAAUCUCUUAACAAUCCCUGCUUCGUUUCUGGCGGGAAUCAUGUCAAUUGCUAUUUCAUUAGUCAGUGAGUUCUUCAAUGAAGGUUUGAUUAUCGGUAUAUUGUGUCAAUUCUGGUUGCUUAUUAUGGUUAUCAUUGAAUACACCUCUGUGGAAAAGAUAUCUCCCUGGGGACAAUAUGUGUUGCAACUGUUCGUUGUUGGUGCCCCAGUCCCCCAACCGGUACUAAUCGGUCUAUGUUCCCGUAACUCAUAUUCGGUUAGAACUAGAACAAUAAGUGCAUCAUUGUUCAACAUUGUGGUUCAAUUGUCGAACAUUGCUGGUGCUUAUAUCUACAGGGAAGACGAUAAGCCUUUGUACAAGAGAGGUAACAGACAGUUAAUUGGUAUUUCUUUGGGAGUCGUUGCCCUCUACGUUGUCUCCAAGACAUACUACAUUCUGAGAAACAGAUGGAAGACUCAAAAAUGGGAGAAGCUUAGUGAAGAAGAGAAAGUUGCCUACUUGGACAGAGCUGAGAAGGAGAACCUGGGUUCUAAGAGGCUGGACUUUUUGUUCGAGAGUUAA